UAUGAAAGUCUGGUGUCGUUGAAAUCGAACGCAUUUAAUAAGCUCUAAAAUCAGUUGAGUUGUCGUUUCAUUGCUUUAUUUUUUUGGCAUUCAUUCAUACCCAACAACUUAACAACUCCUCCAACCCUCCUAGACCACGAAAAAACAAAAAAAGACAAGCGAUAAAUAUAGGGAAAGAAAGAAAAACCGAGGCUUUGCUCAAUUUCAGUGAAGAAAGUGAAAGAUGGGUAAUCGUUUCAUCUGCAUGACGAAGAAGGAGUCGAAAGAUGUUGGAUCGAGAAGCAAGAGAAUGGGUAGAUCACAGAGGAAGCUGGUGAGUGAGGAAGAGCUGCAUCUUCAGGCACUUUCUAUGGCACUUCAACAGCAUCAACUGUCUCAGAGGUUUGAAGGCUCCAUGUCUAGGAGAAUUGGCUCCUCCAGAAGGCACGCUGUCUCUGAAUCUUUUUCAGCCAACAAGCAGGUUCCAGUAAAUCUGGAGAACAUUAAAAUAAAGAAGUUUGUACUAAUCCAUGGAGAAGGUUUUGGAGCAUGGUGUUGGUACAAGACUGUUGCCCUUCUAGAAGAAGCAGGGCUGCUUCCUGUUGCCUUAGAUCUUACAGGCUCUGGAAUUGAUCUCACAGACACCAACAACGUCACUACAUUGGCAGAUUAUUCAAAACCUUUAACUGUUUAUCUGCAAAACCUUCCUGAGGAUGAACAGGUUAUUCUUGUUGGUCAUAGCAUUGGUGGUGCAUGUAUUUCUUACGCAUUGGAACAUUAUCCACAGAAGAUCUCAAAAGCAACUUUCCUUUGUGCUACGAUGGUGUCUGAUGGCCAAAAACCUUUUGAUGUUUUUGCUGAAGAGCUAGGGCCAGCUGAACGUUUUAUGCAAGAAUCUAAGUUUUUGAUCCAUGGGAAUGGUAAAGAAAAGCCCCCAACAGGAUUUAUGUUUGAGAAAGAGCAGAUGAAAGGGUUAUAUUUUAACCAAUCCCCGGCAAAGGAUGUUGCUUUAGCCAUGGUUUCCAUGAGACAUAGCCCUCUUGGUCCAAUAAUGGAGAAACUGUCUCUAUCUGCUGACAAAUAUGGUACUGGUCGCCGGUUUUACAUUCAAACAUUGGAUGAUCGUGCGCUUUCACCAGAUGUCCAAGAGAAGCUUGUGAGGGAAAAUCCACCUGAAGGAGUUUUCAAGAUCAAAGGCAGUGACCACUGUCCAUUCUUUUCUAAGCCACAAUCUCUUCACAAAAUUUUGGUGGAAAUAGCUCAAAUUCCUUAGCUUAAUGCUCAACGGGAUUUGUUUUUAUCUUUCCAUCCCUUAGGAUUACAAAAUUGUAGAGUUGAUAUGGCUUUUCUAUAUUUACCAUCAAACAGGAAGCCCAAUUGGGAGAAGUAUUUUUAUUUUUUAUUAUCGUGAAAUAUAAUAGAGGAAGGAGCAUGAUUUCAUCGCAUUUAAGACAACAGCAUAUUUAAGACAAAAGCUUAUUUAAGACAAAAGUCUUUUUCCUUUUCUGUUCAUGUGUAUAGUAAAUUAGUAAUGUAUUCAUUUUUGUACUUUUCAUUUAGGC